AUGGAGAAGGUCCUGUCAAACCGACCUUACCACUACGAACGCUUGAUGCUGAUAAUACAAAGAUGGGAACCAAUAAUCUCACCAACGUUCCCAGCUUUCAUCCCCUUCUGGAUCGAACUUAAAGGGAUCCCUCUACACUACUGGCAAAAAGAUCUACUCUACAGUAUUGGAGAAGAACUGGGAGGUAUGAUAAAACACGAGCUAACCUCUACAACGGCGAAGAUAAAGGUGCACAUCAAUGGGCUCCAACCACUGGUGAAAGAGACCGUUAUAGAGUACGAGAGCGGUGAGGAGUCCAUAGUAACCCUAGAGUAUGAAAACCUGGAGAACCACUGUCGUAUCUGCCACAGACUCACACAUGACACCUACAACUGCCAAGAGGAAACAGAGACGGUCAGAGAACCAGAUCCACGAGGGAGAUACGCGGAAAAGAGAUAUGAAGAAAGAAACGAAAGGGAGAGAGGGUUCCACCAGAGAUAUGACCGACACGGUAAACCGUUUGGAGACAGAGCCCAGCCCCUCAGGACUAGGGAGGUGGAACCACGAGAAAGACCUAGAGGCAUAACGGUGGAGGGUAGACCGAGACCAAGAACCCACUGGAGAGAGAAGACACCUCCCAGAACUCCCCAGAUUGGAGACCUAAGGCAAACACUGAGAAACAGAGAAGAGGAACGCAGGAGGCAGAGGACCCCGACACAGAUCUGGAGGGAGACGGGAAGAAGAAGGGAGAGAUCACCACCAGCAAGAGAAGACUCGGGAACGCCAACAAACAAUCAUCCAACGCUGGAAAGAGCUCUCGACUUCACGGGGAUUCCGGUACCCACACAAGUACCCACAGAAGAGGAGGUCAUGGCAGAUCUUCAGGAUGUGACUAUUCGCUACGUGAACUGUGGAGACCCGGUGGAAAGUGAGGCACGCAGACAAAGAGUCUUACAAGGCGAAAUGGAAGGGCUUAUGGCGAACACAGCGGCGAGAAUCGUAGCAGCAGCAACCACAGCGGCUCAGGCUCAAACCCCCCCAGACGGGACCCCAACAAAUGCCGCUCCAACUCCUAGACAACGAGACAGUGUUUGA